AUGACCUCCGUCAAUCUUUGUCACCUGCCGAACGAGCUCGUGCGCGAGAUUGUCAAAUGGUCGGACGCCAUUGGCAACACUCAGAGUCUCAGGAGCCUAUGCCUCACUAAUCAUCUCAUCCAUUCAUUCGCGCAGGAAGAGCUGUACCGCUUCGUCAAGAUCACCUCCAUGCACUCAUGUGGUCUCCUCACCCGAAGCUUGAUUGAAAAUCCAAGUCUUAAAGCUCGGAUUAAAAUCGCCCACGUCAUCAUCACCAGUACACGCUUCAACGAUAUCUCCAGCUUCAUGUUCAGGAACUGGGCCGCCUCGCGAUUCGAUCUGUCCAAGCUCUCAGCAACCGAUCGACACCUCGUGAUUCUAUGCAAAUCGGUAUGCAACAGAAAUGCGUCGGAGAACGCUCGAUGCGUGUUUGCUCUUUUUCUUCUCUUUCUCGACCGGGCGGAAGAAGUCGGACUGUCAUAUACUGCCUUCUCACGUCCUGCGUGCCGCCUCCUGGUUGCUGGACUCGAUAUGAUAUCAUCUUCGCUCGAAGCCGACGAUGAAGAAGGUGGUCACAGCACUAUUCUGUUUCCCGCUCUGAAGAGACUCUCUCUAUGUGGAGAUCCUUUCUCGCAAAUUCCUGAGGCCGUUUUUGGCAUUCUUGUCCAUCCACUUCUUCCCUUGCUAUCUCCUGCUACACUCUGCGAAUUGCACAUUCAAGGAGACAAUAACAUUUGGCACUUAUUCGACACCCUGGGCUUCGAUCAAGAUCUCUCAUUGAAAAUGGUUCGGCUGGAAUUGAGCAGGAGCGACUCGUCCGGUUUGUGCAAGCUGCUGAAGCGCUGUCCGAAUUUGCGACAACUCAAAAUGACGGUCAAGAACUGCCACAGUGGAUAUCAGCCCUCCACCCGCGAUUGCAUCAACCAAGUUCUACCGGCUUAUUGUCCUCUCCUUGAAGAGUUCUCUCUUAGCCUGCAAGGAAACCAGGUAGCAUUCUUUCCAAGCCUCCAGGUGCCAUUCGGAGCGCAUCAACCACAGGCCGUUACCUGUCUGCCAAGUAUGAGCCAUUUGAAGGAACUCCGCAUCGAUAUCGGUUGCUUCUUCAACACUCGGUACCAAAUCGACAUGCUGGGCUCUACCUUCCCAGACUUGCUGCCGCCCAAGCUGGAGAAGUUGUUUUUGGAUGCCAGCUGGGCUUUGUCAUAUGUUCCUGGCCGGACCACUGCUCGUCACCCUGAGGUGCUGGCCUACAAGAGAGGAAUUGAACGCAUCAUCAUGAGCUUAUGCACCGCAUCCAAAACUCGACUGGUCCAGCUGAAUACCAUAGUCAUUGGUUCCAAGUACGGAAAGCAUGUCCAGUGGACCAAGGAUGCCCGCAAGUUGCUGGCUGGCACAAAUGUCAGGAUCAAAUUGGUUUGUGGGCAGCGCACUGCAGACUUGUGGCCCUUGACCUGGAAGCAAAUGAUGCGCUUCUAG